CUCCCCCCACUGACGCUCUCUCUGCUCCUCGCACAGAAAUGCUGCCCAGGCCCACGGUGACGCCCAACCAGACCCUGGUGCCUGAGAACGGGACCUUCUCCCUCACGUGUAACAGCUCCCUCAACGCCGACACCCGGCUCUGGCUCCGGGACGGGGAGCCCCUUGGGCCCAGCCGGCGGCUGGUACUGUCCCCCGACAACCGCACCCUGACGGUGCUGAACGUCACCCGGGGCGACGCCGGCGCCUACCAGUGCGAGGUCGGGAACGCCGUCAGCUCCAAGCGCAGCGAGCCCAGCCCUGUGACAGUGACCUAUGGGCCAGACUCCGCCAGGAUAGACCCACCAGGCCCCAUCCUCCUGCCCCUGGGGUCCCCUCUGACCCUCACGUGUGUCGCUGACUCCGUCCCAGCCCCGAGCUAUCGCUGGGCUCUCAACGGCACCGACACUGGCCAGACCGGCAGCAGCUUCACCUUGACCCUCACGACCAGCGCUCAGCAGGGCACGUACGAGUGCCAGGCUCACAACUCGGGCACCAGCCUCACUGCCUGGGCGUCGGUCGCCGUGCGGGUGCCAGGGCCGGAUUCCCCUCCCCCGGAUGCCG